AAGUUAAGGAAGGCAGCUAAGCUGUAUAAGGAGAAAAUUGUAGAGGAGAAGCGUGUGGCGCGGGAGGCAGCUAAAGUAGCUAGGGAGAAGGAGAGGGCUGAGAAGGCAGCAGAGCGUGCUCGCGAAAAGGAGGCUCGUGACGCAGCAAAAGCUCUACAAUCUGCCCAAAAGGGUAAGAGGAUGGCCUCUCAGCCAUCUAUACAGAGCAACAAGCGGCAAAAACGUGUGGUUGACGCUGUACUUACUACAGACGCCUCAGGUGCCGCAUCAGCAGCUCCAACCAAAACUACGCGGCGCGGCCGCAACGUUAAGCUUCCAUGUAAAUAUAAAUAG